AUGGACUCCGAGACUGGUAACACUACCCACAAAUACGCUGGACCCGCACUUCUGCGACAACUGCAGGCCAAAAUAUAUCAUGUCGACUCGAGCUUGGCAGAGCCAAACCUGUGGGGCAACGCGCUGCGACUAUACCAGCGUGUCGCAUCUGAGCUUGAUCGAUAUCCGCGAGCGCUGGUGUUGAACGAUGUUGAGACAGAUCUCGCCAAUCCGAUAUUUGACGGGCAUUAUGCAGACGUAUUCAAGGGACACAGCGCGGAUGGAGAUGUCGCGGUCAAACGAUUUCGAUUGGCCGGUACAAGCAAACAAAAUCUAGACUUCUCUAAGGCCUUGCUUGCCGAAGCCUUGGUAUGGCGCCAUCUGGAUCACGCCAAUAUUCUCCCUUUUCUAGGACUGAUGACCAGUAGUGAGCAAGACGAGCAUCACGCCGAGUUGUCCCUACUGUGCAUGGUUACACCUUGGGCCCAAAAUGGCAAUCUGCGCAGAUAUCUUGAUGCUACGGAAGGCAUCAGCCUGUCCGAGAAACACAGUUUGAUACUGGGUAUCGCAGAAGGUCUGGCAUAUUUGCAUGAUGCUGGAAUCAUUCAUGGGGACCUUAGAGGAGUCAAUAUUAUGGUGGACGCAAACUCGUGCCCGCGUCUGGGUGAUUACGGACUGUCCCAAUUGGUGGAAGCAUGGCCAGUUCUUGCGUCUCGCAAGAAGGCCGAGGGGCCCACUCGCUGGACGGCGCCCGAGCUACUGUCACCCGAGCACUUCGAUCGCGAAAGCUCAGAACCUACGUAUGCAAGCGACGUAUACGCGUUCGCCUGCGUGUGCUACGAGGUGUAUACUUCUCAAUCCCCGUUUCAUGCUUUGAAGCGCGAGGCUAGUGUCAUAUUCCGGGUUCUCGAUUCGAAACGCCCCGAGUUCACAGUCGAGGAUUGCGCCGGUGGACUGCCGCCACAGGCUAUGCAAGAGCUCAUACGACGAAGUUGGGACCAGAUGCCGGACAAUCGACCCCAAAUUCACGAAGUGCUGCGGCGUCUGAAACAGUAGACCAUGCAUCAUACGUUCGAUGUUUGAGAUCAUCUCCGUUCUCGCCUGUCAUGCAUAGUUUAUGCGCUUGGUCUUUGUUGCCUUUUCUGAACCUCUUCACGAUACUUCAUCAGC